UGUUGUAGAAUUAAUUACUUAAACAAAGUAUAUAGUUUUGAAAUACUUAAAGAAACUUGGUGUCGUCGUUGUUGUUGUUGUUAGUGACCUUUUCUUAAUAUUAGCUGUGCAUUUAUUUCAUGCGUUACGGUAAAGCGUCGAUGUCAUUGGAGCGACAAUAACACUGUUGCCGGAUCAGAGUGAUAUAAUUAUAUUAUAAAUAUAUUGUAUUAUAUUGAUUAGUUUGAGUUUAUCAGUCUGAGAUAUUGUGUAUAAGUUUUAAUACUCUGGAUUUAUCAGCAAUAUUUUGAUAAACCUAACAGCAUGACCUCGUUGCUAAUUUUACCGAGACGUACUAUAAAUAUCAAAAGUAAUGGAGGCAUUUUCACAGGCAAAGGUAGAUUUUUGUAUAUUAUUGUAUGCAGGUCUAUCAAGGGUACACUUUGCACGUAGGAAUAUUUCAGCCAAGUGUAUACGUGUUCAGAAGCUGGACCUGGAGGGACAUGGACUCUCAGGUAUUUGGGGAUGUUGGAGAAGCGUCCAUAGAGGGUUUUUUGGAGGAGGCCAUGGUGGCACCAAACAGAAUAUGACUUUAGAGGACAUCGCGAAAGGAAUCAGAGAACGAGAAUACAAACGGAUAGUGGUGAUGGCCGGAGCAGGGAUCAGUACUCCAAGUGGAAUUCCAGAUUUCAGAUCACCCGGAAGUGGCCUUUAUGACAACCUCCAACAGUAUAACCUCCCCUAUGCCGAGGCCAUAUUUGAGAUUAACUAUUUCAAUCACAACCCUAAACCUUUCUUUGCCUUGGCUAAAGAGUUGUAUCCUGGUAAUUAUCGUCCCAAUCUGGCACACUACUUCAUCCGGCUGCUUCAUGACAAAGGCCAGCUGCUCAGGAUGUACACUCAAAACAUCGAUGGACUGGAGAGAAUGGCAGGAAUCCCAGCUGUGAAGUUAGUGGAGGCACACGGGACAUUCGCGACAGCCACGUGCACAGUUUGUCGUCGAGAAUAUCAAGGAGAAGACCUGCGUAGCGAUAUAAUGGAAGGAACAGUGCCUCACUGCUCUCAGUGUAAAGGAGUCGUUAAGCCUGAUGUUGUGUUUUUUGGUGAAGAGCUGCCACAGCACUUUUUCCUCUACCUCACCGACUUCCCCAUGGCAGACUUACUGAUUGUAAUGGGGACGUCUUUAGAGGUGGAGCCAUUUGCCAGCUUAUCCAGCGCCGUGCGAGGUUCUGUGUCUCGCCUUCUUAUAAACCGUGACUUGGUGGGACCCUUUGCCUGGGGCUCUUCACGGUACAGUGACGUGGCAGAGCUGGGUGAUGUAGUGAGCGGCGUGAGGAAACUGGCAGACACUUUGGGCUGGAUGCCUGAGCUGGAGGCUCUUAUGUGUGAUGAAGGUCAGAAGGCUUCAAAGAAGAGAGAGGAAUGACGUGAGAGACCAGCUUCAUUUCUCACAUCCUCUCAGUCAUUUUGUGGCUGUAAUGUCUAGGCUCGAAACCCGUGGCACUUUAACGACCGUGACGGAGAUGGACUGUGAUGCACAACGGCACUUGGAAGCUCAGCUCAGGGAGACAUUAGUCUCUCUUUGUAGCUUUUUUUAGUGGUUGUUUUACAGCUUCAUAGUGAAUAGGGAAAUGAUAACGGUAUGAACUAUGAGCUGUUUAAACGUGACAUCAUUUUCAGGAAGACAUUUUUAUUCCUAUGUACAGUAUUAAAUAUUAAAAGCUUUGAAAGGUGUCAGUUUCUUGCUGUUGCUUCGACUUGUUUCUCGCCAAAGCAGAAUUCCGGCCUAUAUUUAGGGUGGACUAAGAAAAGAAGCUGAAUAUCAGCAAAACUUGCAGCACUGCCCCAAAUAACCAAAAUAAACUAAACAGGAGCUCUACUUCUGUCACUCCAAGGAACAAAAUUAUGAAGUUCUGCAACGAAGCGAGAGGUGUGUAAUAUAUACGUACAUUGUGCACAGAUUUGUUGCUUCAUUGCAUCACUUUUUCAUUGUUUUAGUCUGUGUAUAUAUAGACAUAGUGCAAAAGUUUGCAUCCCCCUUGGUUUCUGCAUGAAAAAAAUAUAAAUCCAUGUCCAUUUAAUAGUGUUUUCCUGCUGAACAGUAAAUAUUACGGCAUACAGUCUAAAUAUUAAGCAAUUAAUAGUCUCACUCAGCUCUUUAUUUGUCUUUAUUUGUAAUUUGGCCCAUUCUAGUUCAUGGAUUCGAAUGCGACUCAUUAAGGUGUUUAAUAAUUUAAAACACAUUUGUUUGCCUUGUUAAGUCCGACUU